GUUUUGCAUUAAACAGGGAAAUCCUAGAACAUCUCUGAAUGCAUAAAAGAGAGGCCAGUCAGCUAAUUAUCUCACAUUCAGCUAUCUGAGCUGUUACAAGGUGAAGACUCUCAAGACUUUAAAUAAUGAAGACUUUGGCAGCUUUAUUUGUUUUUGUCUUUCUGACUAUUUUUGCUGUAAAAGGGCAGCCUGGGUUUGGCAGCCAACGGUGUUUAUGUCAGGGUCGAAGUGUCAAAAUGGUCCAGCCAAAGUUGAUAGAGAAGGUUGUAAUUCACCCCGUUAGUCCGUCUUGUAGACAUCUGGAAGUUGUUGUCACACUGAAGAAUAUUACUGGGCUGAGAUGCUUAAACCCAAAGUCAUUAUUUGUCAAGAACAUUAUUGAGAUGAUUGCAAAAAAAGAAGAGGAGAGCUCAGCAAAAUCUGUGAAGUGGUUCAACUCAUGAAGUGUGGAGGUUGUGGACUCCGUCAUUAAAAGCUGUAUUGAUUAUUUAAUGUAUUACACAUAAUGUAAACACUAUAUUGAAUAGUAUAUCUCAUGCUUAAUUUAUUAAACAAACCAAGGUGUCCUGCUGUUGUUUAUGUUGUUUAUUGUCAGAGAAAAUGUCAAAUAAACUUUUAUUAAGUC